UAGGAAAAAUAGGUUCAAAACAACUAGAAAUAAGCAAGCUAGGGGAUGACUGCCAUAUGUGCUGCAUUCUUGACUUGGUAAUGUGCUGGGGAUCAAACACACUGAAAUCAGAGAGUUUCUGAGGGGGCAUAUGAGCUGCUGAAUUCCGACUUUGUGAGCCCAGAGGCAGCAGAGGGGGAAGAAAGGCAAGUGUGGGAGAAGUAGAUGCAGAUCCCUUGAGUAAACUACAUUUGUUUGUUAAUACAAAAUACGGAAGAAAACGCAAAGCCCAACCUCUCCACCACCACCACCAGCAGCUCACAAACUACAAAACCGAUGCACGCUAAAUAAUAUUAUUAUAUUGUGAUCCGAUUCCCAGUCCCAACCACUCCCUCCACGAAAACAAUAUAUUUCUUGUACUGGGUAGUGGCCUUUUCUUCGUGUUUCUUUCCUUCUUCUUUGCUAUAUAUAGUUAUUGAGGUUGAGGGUUGUUGAACUGUUGUGUUAUAUGGCAUACUUGUUUAAUAAACUAUAUAACAAUCAAUUUCUGGUUUGUUUAUUAGUGUAAGAGGGGAAAUGGGUCAUCGUUGAAUCUCUCCAAUUCGCGGUGGAAAUGGUGUUGGGAGGGGUUUGAGGCGGCCCAUGAUGGAUCUGGAGGGUGGGGUUCAUGCGAAUCAUGCUAAGAAGGAAUCGUGGAGGGCUGUUUUGACCUUAGCGUACCAGAGUCUAGGCGUUGUGUAUGGGGAUUUGAGCACUUCUCCUUUGUAUGUCUACAAGAGCACUUUCGCUGAAGACAUUCAACACUCGGAGACGAACGAAGAGAUUUAUGGGGUUUUGUCUUUCGUUUUCUGGACUCUGACUUUGGUUCCUCUGCUCAAAUACGUAUUCAUUGUUCUCAAAGCCGACGAUAAUGGUGAAGGAGGGACCUUUGCGCUUUACUCGUUGCUCUGUCGACACGCCCGAGUCAACUCAUUGCCCAAUUGUCAGUCUGCUGAUGAGGAGCUCUCAGAAUACAAGAAGGAUGGUGCUGGGUCAACCGAAACUCCAAAUUUCGGGUCAAGAUUGAAGUCUGCACUAGAGAAGCAUAGGGUGUUGCAGAGAUUUUUGCUGGUUCUGGCCUUGAUUGGGACUUGCAUGGUGAUUGGUGAUGGAGUCCUCACGCCUGCCAUUUCUGUUUUUUCUGCGGUGUCGGGCCUCGAGCUUUCAAUGGAGAAAGAGCAUCACAAAUAUGUAGAAGUUCCAGCUGCAUGCAUCAUACUGAUAGGCUUGUUUGCUCUCCAACAUUAUGGUACCCACAGGGUUGGAUUCUUAUUUGCACCUGUGGUAGUCACAUGGCUUUUUUGUAUCAGUGCGAUUGGUUUAUAUAAUAUUUUUCACUGGAACCCUCAUGUGUAUCGAGCACUGUCUCCAUACUACAUGUACACAUUUUUGAAGAAAACUCAAAGAGGAGGUUGGAUGUCCUUGGGGGGAAUCCUGUUGUGUAUAACUGGUUCAGAAGCUAUGUUUGCUGAUCUUGGGCACUUUUCACAGUUAUCAAUCAAGAUUGCUUUCACCUCUGUCGUAUAUCCAUCCUUGAUUCUUGCAUAUAUGGGACAGGCUGCUUAUCUAUCUCAACAUCAUCUCAUUGGAAGUGAUUACCGGAUUGGAUUUUAUGUUUCUGUACCAGAGAAACUAAGAUGGCCAGUUCUGGUAAUAGCCAUACUUGCUGCGGUAGUGGGAAGCCAAGCUAUUAUCACUGGAACUUUCUCAAUCAUCAAACAAUGCUCUGCUCUAGGUUGCUUUCCUAGAGUCAAAAUAGUUCACACAUCAUCCAAAAUACAUGGCCAGAUUUACAUCCCAGAGAUCAACUGGAUCUUAAUGCUGUUAUGCUUGGCUGUUACUAUUGGUUUCAGAGACACAAACCGCUUGGGUAAUGCAUCUGGUUUGGCGGUUAUAACUGUGAUGCUAGUCACCACCUGCCUAAUGUCUCUAGUUAUUGUACUGUGUUGGCACCAGAGUGUCUUCUUUGCAAUUGGCUUCAUAUUCUUCUUUGGCACGAUUGAAGCUCUCUACUUUUCAGCUUCUCUCAUCAAGUUCCUUGAAGGUGCAUGGGUUCCUAUUGCACUUGCUUUCAUCUUUCUGAUAGUCAUGUAUGUCUGGCACUAUGGCACGCUAAAGAAAUACGAGUUUGAUGUCCAAAACAAGAUCUCCAUCAACUGGCUACUGAGCUUGGGUCCCAGCCUGGGCAUUGUACGGGUUCGUGGGAUUGGCAUCAUACACACUGAGCUUGUGUCUGGAAUCCCUGCAAUUUUCUCGCACUUUGUCACCAACCUUCCAGCUUUCCACCAGGUCCUAGUCUUUCUCUGCAUUAAAUCUGUCCCAGUUCCACAUGUUAGACCUGAGGAACGGUUCCUUGUGGGUCAUAUUGGUCCGAGAGAGUUCAGACUCUAUAGGUGUAUUGUGCGAUAUGGUUAUCGUGAUGUUCACAAAGAUGACUUGGAUUUUGAGAAGGAUCUGGUAUGUAGCGUAGCAGAGUCUAUCAGGUCGGGGAAAGUGGGAAUCAAUGGUCUGGAUGACAAUUCAGAGAAGGAUGAAGAGAAAAUGACAGUAGUUGGGUCAUCUUCUACACAUCCAGAAGGGAUUAAAAUGUGUGAUGAUGAUGCUGACAAUGCACAGGUGGCUGGAACAUCAGAGCUUAAAGAGAUCCGGUCUCCAACAGUGGGCCGACCAAGGAAGAGGGUUAGGUUUAUAGUACCCGAGAGUCCAAAGAUUGACAGGGGUGCAAGGGAGGAGCUGCAGGAACUGAUGGAGGCUAGGGAGGCUGGGAUCGCUUACAUUCUGGGUCACUCAUAUGUGAAAGCAAAGCCAGGGUCUAGCAUGGUGAAGAAGCUUGUGAUUAAUUACGGGUAUGAUUUUCUGAGGAGGAACUCUCGGGGGCCCUCCUAUGCACUAUGUGUACCCCAUGCUUCUACACUGGAGGUGGGGAUGAACUACCUUGUCUGAUUUUAUGACAAUGUCCUCUGUACAUGUGAUUGUAAUUUUAUGCAAUAGAUGAAAAAGCCACCGUUUGAUGGUGGUCGAGAGAGCUGUUCAAGGAAUAA